GAGGAUCAACAAUGGAUAUUCGAAUUAUGAUCGAUCCGUUGAAUAAGUGAAAGAUGGUAACAAGCAAUUCAAAGACGCACCCGGAGUAUAACGCAAAUAGCAAGUACACAAAGAUCGUGAUUUCUCUUCACGUAUUGAGGCUUAGUGCUACACGAGAGAGUAGCUGGACCGUAUGGGCGCGUAAAUCAUCAGAACUCAACUUCGUUCAGGUAUUUGCCAGUAUGACAGUCCAACAUGAGGAAGGUGAUCCAUAUGUUGGUGGUUUUAUUAGGCUUAUUACCCGGUUAUUCAAAUAGUGUGGAAUUGACUGAACAAUCGAAUCAGAAUGAAACAUCUGCGAGGAUUCUUCAUCGACAAAAACGGAUCGUUUACACGUAUAAUAGUGCUACUGGAAUCCUAGCAGCUCUAUCUGUGCCGCUGAUUAUCCCCAACCGGAACAUUUUCUUCGCGUACAACUUCGAAAUGAACUACAACAUGCCAACAAGUGCUACGGAUUACACGCAGGGUGCAUUAAAGCGAGUCGACACCCCGGAAAUCAACACAAAACGAGACUCGGGAAGACAGAUGGGUGAGAAUAAACCGAGUGCUAGUUUUACUCGGAAGAAGAUCUACCGAACCAUCGAGAUGAAUCUCAACAGACUCGGCCUCAACGGGAAGAGAUGCAUUCUACGAGCGAUCUGUGAAACCGCAGAUAACCCCUUGUAUGAGCACAACGGUGUUCUGGGUGAUUUGAUUCAUAUAUUACUAACACCAUCACACUCAAGGGAUGAACGAUUACCAGACGAAUUCUACCGGGCAGAGGAAAAGGGAGUGCAUCAUGACUGCAGCAAAUAUCGGAAGCACUGUCCUAAAAGUCUGCUGGACGUGAUAAGUGUUCAAAUUUGACGGGAUUACCGGUUGCUCGCGGCACGAUCGAUAUAUCAAACUGUACAUAGAUGACCUAGAUAGCAUUACUGUCUGUAUUAAACUGCCAACAUAUCAUAUAUCACGUAUGCAUUUUCAUCAUCAUAUAGGAAUAUUGGUACAUACAUACAUACCAGCUAAGUAAGUAAUGUGGAUUAAUCACUAAGUCGUUGAUCGCUCAAAUUUCCGCAGGAUGGAUUCAACUAUAUUGUUUAAACUUAACAAAUUAGAGUUAAAUAAAGACCUUGC